AAACAAUAUUUAAUUUUUGAAUGAGUGUACAUUCACCCUCUCAAGGUGAGAUUGUUUUAGCUUGUAUUAUUUCCUCUUUUUUUUCCUUCUAAUUUUAUCCAUUGUUGUUUGCUUUUGUGUUGAAAGAAAGUGGUAAAAGGUGACAUUUCCAAGUGACAUCACCUUUUUAUAGGCUAAAGAUACAACAAAUGUAUUCAUCAUUACAAGGGGAGGGCAGCAAUCGAUAGAAUUGUAUCGAAUCUAUAAUUAAAUUAAAUGGAAUUGAAUAUUUUUCGAUUCGAUUUCGAUCUCAUAAAUAAGUGCAAGUAUGAAAAAAAGUGAAUUGAAUUUGGAUUUGAAUCGAAUAAACCAAACAUAUUUUUUUUAUCAUAUUAUAAUCCACAAUUUACCUUUGAUUUGAUCCAAUCUUAUCUCGAUUAUUUUGAAUCAAAUCGAUGGAUGUCCACCCUUUACAAUACAUCAGCUUUAACAUUCAAAGGAAACAAACGACCCGGCCCCUUAGAUCGUUAUUUAUUAACUUAGGUGUCUAUUUGUUUAUUUAUAGUGACAAUGAACUAUGUAGCCUUUUUUGUUUUCUUUUAUCUCGGCAUCUCCUUUCCCCGCUAUUGUUUACAGUGACAAUGCAGUAUAUACCUCCGUUGCCAAAUGUGCGGUUGGCCUCGUUAGUCCACCCGGUCAUAAUUGGGCAGCUGUCUUAGCCGGAAAAGGCCGACAAGGAGAUUUGAUUAAUUAGACCGUAAUUUGCCUUAAUAUUGAUUUGUUAUGUGACUCUUUAAAAGUAGAAAGACCCGCUUAGUAUUAGGGAUGUCAGUUCGGUUAUUUCGGUUAUAACUGGUAACCGAUCGGCCGGUUGUCGGUUAACAGAAAUAACCAUUUUCUCUACCGAAAACCGACCGAAAUAGGCUUCGGUUUCUCGGUUAUCUCGAUUAUCGGUUAACCGAACCACUUUUAAGACCAAAAACAUUUUGUCCAGCCUCCGGUUAUCGGUUUCACCGGCCGGUUAACCGAUAACCGAACGGCCACCCCCUACUUAGUAUGGUACGUUUGUAAAUAUUCUUUUGUACAAAUUUAUUUAUAGUAAACUGAAUUUGUAUCAUAGCAUUUAUGAUACAAAUUCAGUUUGUACCUAUACAUUCUUCGUACUAAUUGUUUUACAGUACAAACUCAACUCAUACCUUUAAAAUUAAUGAUACAAGUACAUUUUGUACCUUUAUAUUUUCAUACAAAUUCAUUUAUAUGAACUUAUACAUUAACGUUACGAUACAAGUUAGUUCAUUUAUGAGCCAUCUAAUAUAAGUAUAUACCACCUCACAUUUUUUUCCAUUAAAGAACAAACGUCUUUUUCUUCAAUAGUUCCAACACCAUUGCAUUCGUCCAAAAGAACCCCUAGAACAAGAAUUUAAUUACUUAAUAAUCCGGGGGCUUCUUUGGAUUCAUGUUAAACGGCGGCACUUAGCUAGACACAUUCAACAUCCCACAUCCGUAUAUAUAAAAUGGCAGAGUUGGAGUAUUAUAUCUUUCGCCGCCGGCAACAUGGACCAAAUCACUAUAUAGUAACGGGGGGGAAAAAAGAUAGUUACAUAGAGAGCCAAAAUGACGAUUUCAUUUCAAAGCUCUAAUCUUCGUCAUAUGGGUCUCCCGCGGUCAAAAUCCACGCUUCUACUUCUUAUCCUGCUUUCUUUCCAUCUUCUUUGUCAUGCAACAGGCGCUAGCUCAAGUUUAACGCCGUCUACAAUUAGUGACGAGCACAAUAGCGACGACCACGAUGAUCGUCGUGUUCCCGUCGCUGCUAACCGCACGAGUUUCCCGGCGGGCUUCCUCUUCGGGACGGCAUCCGCGGCUUACCAGUAUGAAGGCGCGGCGGCUGAAGGUGGAAAAGGUCCUAGCAUCUGGGAUACUUACACUUCCAGAUACCCAGGUAAGAUAGCCGAUCGGAGCAACGGGGAUGUGGCCAUUGACGAGUAUCAUCGCUACAAGGAAGACGUUGCAAUCAUCAAGAAUAUGGGGUUGAAUGCUUAUAGAUUUUCUAUCUCAUGGCCUCGAAUUUUACCUAAUGGGACGGUGAAUGGAGGCGUGAACAAAGAAGGGAUCACGUAUUAUAACAACCUCAUCAAUGAACUCUUAGCUAAUGGCAUUAGACCUUUUGUAACCCUCUAUCAUUGGGACACUCCUCAAAUCCUAGAAAAUGAAUAUGGGGGCUUCCUUAGCUCUAAAAUUGUGAAAGACUUUGUCGGGUAUGCGGAUGUUUGUUUCAAGCACUUCGGAGAUCGAGUUCAACAUUGGGUUACAUUGAACGAGCCCCUAGCAUCCAGUUCAUAUGCCUAUGGCGUUGGUAUGUUGGCACCUGGUCGAUGUUCAAAAUGGAUGAAUUUGAACUGCACUGGUGGAGACUCAGGCACUGAGCCAUACGUUGUCGGACACAACCUUCUUCUUGCUCAUGCCACCACAGUAAAACUGUACAGAGAGAAAUAUCAAGCAACACAAAAGGGUAAGAUUGGCAUUGCCCAAGUUUCGCAAUGGGGUAUUCCUCUCUCUGAUUCUAAGCAGGAUCGCAAAGCUACACAACGACAAAUGGAUUUCAUGCUUGGAUGGUUUAUGGACCCACUAGCCACGGGAAACUAUCCACGAUCGAUGAGAUCUAUUGUGGGGAAACGAUUGCCCAAAUUCUCCGAGGAGGAAUCCAAGAUGUUGAAAGGGUCCUUCGAUUUCGUGGGGUUGAACUACUAUACAACUUCGUACAUUUCCAAUGCACCACCUUCUAAUCCUAUCUUCUUAAGCUCAACGACUGAUUCUCAAACCAAUGCUUCAGCCGUGAAGAAUGGUGUCCCCAUCGGCCCAAAGGCUGGGGUAUUCUGGCAGUACAUUUAUCCAAAAGGGAUUCGAGAUGUUGUGCUCUACACAAAGAGGAAGUAUAAUAACCCAGUCAUCUACAUCACCGAAAAUGGUAUGGGUGACAUCAAUAAUGAAACAUUAAGCCUCAAGGAAGCUCUUAAUGAUACCCUAAGAGUUGAUUUCUAUUGUCAACAUCUCGCAUACCUGAGCAGUGCAAUCAAGGAAGGUGCAAAGGUGGAAGGGUAUUUUGCUUGGUCACUAUUGGACAACUUUGAGUGGUCGAUGGGCUACACAAUACGAUUUGGCAUCAAUUAUGUGGACUACAAAAAUGGAUUAAAACGAUAUCCUAAACAAUCCGCCCUUUGGUUUCAAAGCUUUCUUAAGAAUUAUUGAGUUCUCUUCAUGUAUCCUAAACAAUCUACCCUAAAUAAUAUCAAUUGCAUCACUUCAAAUUAUUAAAAGCUCAUUUGAGUUCUCUCUAUAUAUGUAUCCAAUGGCAACCUUGAUGAAUCUCGUGACUUUAAUGAAUUCAAUGGAUUAAAUUACAUAUUUGAUCACUCAUAUUAUCAAAAUUUUCACGUUUGUCUAGAAUUUAUUUUUCCAUCGUUACUAGUCUCUCUCUUUUAAAUCUCAUUUCAUCAUUGACCAUUGGCCGUCCAAUUCUAUUAAAGCUCGCCCUAGCUAACAAUCAACAAUAAAAAUUUUUGUGAAAUAACCGGCAUAUCAAUUAAAAAAAUAAAUGUUAAAAUAAAUACUUUCUAAUUUUCCACCCUGCCACCACCACACCCAAAAUACCUCAAUCACAAAUAUUAUUACUAGAUGUAAGUAUCAAACGCAAUCGAUAAUUCGUAGAUGUUUGCUUCAUCUAAUUACAUAGCGGGAGUAGAAGUGACAAAUGAAUUUGAUUCAUGGACUAGAUUAUUUGAAUUGGUGGGUUGAAUUUAUGGAUCCAAGUGACAUCCAAAUAAUAGAUCAUUGUGUAAAUUUUCAAAACUUUAGGUACUUAAAUGUCAUUAUAAAAAAAUCUUAGAUACCAAAACAUAAUUUAUAAAUGACAUUUUUCAAGACUAGCUAGCUAGUGAUGGAAAAAAGAUAAAAAAUGAGGUAUUUUUAAAACUUUAUUUAUUAUGAUAAAAUCAACUUUGAAUAUAAUUUUUGACGUAUUUAUACUCAAUUUUUAUAGUUUACUCUAAAUUAGACUCGUGAUAUUAGGUACCUAAAAGAAAAUGAAUACUCGUAGGUUUCCCAUUUUUUUUGUUAAAAAAGUAGAAAUGUAAAAACACAAACAUUGAAGGUGCAAAUUAGAUUGAAAACAUUUAAUGAGAUUAUCGAUAUUAUAUUUUUGUGUGUACAUCAUGUGACUCAAAUAGAUCCAUUUGGACAUACCCAAAUAAGUUGAUUCAAAUUAUUUCCAACUCAAACUCAAAACCAUAAAAAAUACAUAUAUAUGAACCCAUAUAGAGUUAUGUACUCAAUCCAUUACCAUUGCUAUAUAGAGCUAGCUAACAGAAAUAACUUCAUAACAACUUAUUAGAUUCCAUAUUUAGUACCCCAAUAUAUUCUCGCAAAUUGUUUCCUAGUCAAUUGAAUAAUUCCUCCGUCAUCCUCGAUUCCCUCCAAGGCAUCUGCCGAAUGCAGAUGGCCCUUUUUCCCCUUUAUUGUAUAGUCCAUGAAACCGUACCGGAAAAGUCAGUGAUAGGGUAUUUUAUAACAAAACCGUGGUUUAACCGUAGUUCAACCGUUAGUACCGUUAAAUACCGCCUAUCGGUUUAGCCUCCGAUACUGUUAUUUUGUGGUUGAACCGUCGGUACGGUACGGUUUAAUGGACCAUGCUUUAUUGUACAAGAAAUUAACAGGAAACUCUAAUGGUAGAAAGAAAGCGAGGUAACCAGAAAACUAAGAGGAAUCAGUAACCAAAAGAUCCCUCUCUGCAGGCAAGAACCGUUGGCAGAUUACUUCAAUUGUUUUGAUGGAUAUAUAUGGCAUGAUUCUUCAUUCAAUUUGGAAAGAGCUCUUUGUCCUCUUCAAAACCUAUCGAACUGCCGACUCAAAGUCUCCCCCAAUAGUCGUUUAAUGGGAGCCGAAACUAUAUAUAAGCCAACGAGAAUUUUAUAGAUAAUAUAUAUAUAUAUAUAUAUAGAUUAAUCUUUGGCCUAUUUGGGUUUUUACAUUGUUUGACUCUCUGUUUUUAUUUAUUUUUUUGGCUAAAAAAUUAGUGGUCGUGAUACUCACAGUUUCAGGGGAAGGGCAAAAACUUAACUAAGGGUGAUAAAGCUCGUGGUCCGGAUGGUUUUUUCUUCGCUUUUUCCUAAGAAUUGUUGGGAUGUCAUCAGUGGCAGAGCCACCUUAUGCCCAGGGGAGAUUAUAGCCCCCCUUUCAACUCGCAAAAUCACGAAAUUACAUGUAAUUUCGGUUAAAAUUUUGAAAAAUAUAGUAGUUAGUAAGAUUUUAGCCUCCCUCGUAAAUUCGAAUUCGCUACGCGUAGAUUUUUAGCCCACCUCGUUUAGCUUUCCUGCUCCGCCACUAGAUGUCAUCAAAGCUGAUCUCAUAAAGGCUUUUAAAACCUUUUUCAACACAGAGAGUUUCAAGUAACAUAUUUUAAAAUUCCAAGAUCAGAGAUUCGUAGAAGUCGACCCCAAAGGAACAUCUACGUAACAGAACGGGUCACUAGGAGUCUAGGAUUGAUUCUAAUCUGCAUUCCUUUUAGUUCAUCACCUCCACCUCUAUAAAUCCAUCAAAAGGAAUUUUAACAAUGCAUAAAGUGAAAACUAUGGCAUCCUACUUGCAAUAACUCCGGGAAGCUCUCUUAUGGUGUGUGACCAAUGGGCUCCAGGAUGUGAGGUUUGAAGGCGAUGCCAAGGUCAUCAUCGAUAAAAUCAAUUAAGCUGAGACUAGAGAUAGUAGGAUUGGGAUGAUCUUGGAAGAAAUCUGGCAAUGUAUGGAGAAUCAAUUGGGGUUUAGUUUGCGAUUUGUAGGACGGAGGAACAAUAGGGUAGCCCAUGCGGUGGCUAAAAAUGCCCUUUCUUUGUACCCGUCUACGUGUCGCUCUUUUAAUUUUCAGGUCUGGCUAUUUUCCAGGAUGUAACUGUGUCUAUCUUCAAUCAAUAUAUGAUUAUCUUUUGUAAAAAUAAAAUAAAAAUCCGUUGUUAGAUAUUCAAACUGAUUAUUAAUUCCUGUCACCCUAGAUACCCUCCAGGCUCCAAGGCUCAGCCGGUGUUUUUUUUUUUUUUUUUUCAUUUACGGACGGUUUUUAUUGGAGCAUCAGCCGAUCUAUAGCAAACAAAUGCAAGAAAUUAUCAGGGAAUUAUAAUACAUUAUAAUUAUUCGA